UUAACGUCGUGGAGACGAAAAACGAAAGAGGUAGAGGGAGUCACCUUGAAGUCGUUUGCCUUACACCAUGCGCUAUCUCUUCUGCCUAUCCUCGCAACAAUUUUUAUAUAAUUGAGAGCAGAAAAAAAAGGAGCAACUUAAACUCCCAGGCACCGUAAAAAUUAUCAGUUUGUGUGCGUGCGCUCGAUGAAUACGACAUCGUUCAUGGAUAAGCAGGUAAUGGAUCUGUCUAAGGGAUCGUCGACGACGCAGAGCAAGGACUUCAUCGACCUGAUGAAUCAUCCCCAACAAGAAGAAGAAGAUCAAAGCGGCCAUGGCGGCAAUGGAAAUGGUAUCGAUAAGAAGGAAGAUAUAUUUCCAAGCUACGAUUUCCAUCCCAUUCACCCUUUCAUCGGGGUCGGUAGUUCUCCACCGUCUUCCAAUUUCGAUUCUGUGCCGUCCAAUCUCGGAGGAUCCGCUAGGUCCUGGAACUCCGCCGAAUCCAAACCCAAAACCUCUUCUCCUAUCAGAAAUUAUGGUUCGUUAGACUCCAUGGAACCAGCAAAAGCCAUUAUAGAGAAGGAUCGGAAUGCACUUGACUCAGCACUGGUGGCUGAGAUUGAUAGGACUGUGAAGAAACAUUCGGAGAAUCUGCUGCAUGUAUUGGAAGGUGUUAGUGCGCGACUGACACAACUGGAAAGCAGGACCCGCCAUCUUGAGAAUUCUGUCGAUGAUUUGAAGAUGUCAGUUGGGAACAAUCAUGGAAGCACUGAUGGAGUUAUGAAGCAGUUGGAAAAUGUUCUUAGAGAGGUGCACACAGGGGUUCAAUCUUUGAAGGAUAAACAUGAAAUAAUUGAAGCUCAGUUACAGCUUUCAAAGCUUCAAGUUUCUAAGGUUGACCAGCAGCCAGAACCCCAAAAGAUGGUGCAUGGGGAUUCUGCACAGCAGGUGGCAUCUGCUCCUCAGCAAUCUCACCAACAGCUUCCUCCCCAUGUUAACAUUCCACCAUCACAUCCUACUUUCUCUCCUCCAAAUGCUCCUGCCCAACAGGGUGUGCCACACUCAGUUCAACCUCAAAAUCAGUUUCCUCAAAACCAGAUCUCUUUUGCCCCUCCAGAAGAGUCUUACUUCCCAGCACACAGUCAAACUCAAGAUGCCCCAAAUCAACAAUAUCAAAUUCCUCCUAGUCAGCAGCCACUCCCCCCUCCUGCAGCACCAACUCAUCAACAAUUCCAGCCUACACCUCAACCACAGUUCUCUCAGCCACCACCCCAGCAGUCUUUGCAGCAUCCGACUCUGGCACCUGUUAAUCCCUCUCAACUCCAACCUUCAACAGUUCACCAUUCUGAAGAGCCACCUUAUAUUCCUCCUCAGACCUACCCACCGACCCAUAGAGAGCCACCCUCUCAGCAACAAAGUGUGCCCCUGCCUUCUCAACAGUUUUAUGGCACUCCUUCCCAUGUUUAUGAGACACCAUCCAGCAGAUCUGGUUCAGGAUUUUCAUCUGGUUAUGGCCCACCACCUGUGCGUGGUGAACCAUAUCAUUAUGGUGGAAUGCCAUCUCAGUAUGGUAACACCCCUGUGAUUAAGCCACAUCAAGUCUCGUCUCCUACUGCAGCUCAAAGUGGUGGAAGUGGUUAUCCACAGCUGCCAACUGCUCGGGUACUGCCGCAGGCAUUACCUGCUGCUUCUGGGGUUAGUGGUGGUUCAGGUUCUAGUGGGAGUGGAAACAGAGUUCCUAUCGAUGAUGUUGUUGAUAGAGUGACAAAUAUGGGGUUUCCAAGAGACCAUGUGAGGGCAACUGUUAGAAAGCUGACAGAGAACAACCAGGCAGUUGACUUGAAUGUGGUGCUGGAUAAGCUAAUGAACGAAGGGGAAGUCCAGCCACCUAGAGGUUGGUUUGGUCGGUAGUUUGUUGCCUUUUUGUCCAGAAUGAUGUAUAGACGUAUCCCUUGUUUCUGGAUCAACAUUUGCUGAGAAAGAUACAUAUAAAUGGCGAUUGGGAUUAUGCUGCCCCUUUUAUAUCUUUUGCAUUUUUCUUUUUUAAUUUUUUGUUCAUUCGUGGUCAUUUGAGCAUGUCUCUGUUUAGAGAUUGCCUAUCUUCAUCUCAUUUGUGUAUACUCAGAAUAAUCUAAUCUGAAUCAUUGGGUUUUCUGUUUGGAGUUUA